CAAGAGUAGAUAGCAAAGAAGUUAAACAACAGCAAUGUUUUUGGAACAACGAAGUCGUGAUUUUUUCUUUUCACAGAAACAAUUCAGGAUUGAAAGAAGAUCGCCUGCAGUAAAUGCGACCGUUUCAGAAAUUUUUAGAAUUCAAGGACCGCUUGAUACGAAUCAAGAGGUGAGGCACGUAUUUUAUUCGCUGAGGUUUCUGAGCGGCUUCCUAUACGAUCAUAAUUAUUCUCAGGGUUGCUCUCAUGAUCUGUUGUAAUGCCUCGCAAGAUGUUCGCACGCAAUGGUAUGUUUGAUACUUGCAGUCAUGCAGACCAGUUUUAAGUACUAUCGCUAACUAACUAUACACCCUCCCGGAAAGUAGUCAGCCUUGCCUAUAGAGCCUCGUGAUUUGAGAUAUUGUGUUUCAUUCCUUUACAUGUUACAGAUGCAUGGACACAUUUACGAAAUCAUGCAGUUAUAUUAAAUGAUAUAAAAGACCUUAUAAAGUGAAGUCAUCAUUAACAAGAUAAAGGUCUCUAAAGCCGAUAUCUCAAUCCCGAAAACGAGACCUUAUAGCCAAAGCUAAGUAUUUUCCAGAAGGGUGUAUUUUGAGUUGCUUCAUUUCUUCAUGUCAAGUUACUCGCCAGGCCAACCGCGCACCGACUUUGCAAUUUUAUAAUGAUUUCAAUAGAUACAGCUUAAUUAUUUUAACUCAAUUAUACCUUUGCGGUCGUCUGUUCGCAUUUUGAGCAAUAUUGGUUGAGUCAUGUCUUCAACAUAGAUGUCUACCCGCUCUUCAACAUAUAGCUCCUCAAUUAUUAAGUGUGAUUUUACAGUAUUUUUAUAUUGAUUUUCAGUAAUUGUAUUACCAAACUACAGUGUUUGUUGUUUUAAUCAAUCCCCAUUGAAAAACUCCUUUGGAAAAUAUGGGCGCUUCUGUUUAAAUAUUAGUAUAACGUUUAGUUUUGCAUGGUGAAUAAUAAUCUACGUUGUUUUUUUGUUGCAAUAAUAUAAAUAUAAGUGGUGUUUCCAUAAAGCAAAAUUUGUAUAAUAAAAACUUGUAUAAUAUUUAAUCAAUACUUUGGUCGAUAAUAACAGCAUAUUCUAUUUCUUCAGGUUUCCUUUAGAUUGCAAUACUCUACUGUGAAAGUGACGGGCACCAAACCUGUGUUAAAAAUUAAUGUGAAGGCAAUAGCGUAUGUAUUUUAUAAUUUUAAUCUUGAACAUUUUAUGUACUAUUUAAAAAACGAGCAGGAGUGUUUUAUUAGGUUUAACGAGCGCGCAGCGCGAGUGGCUUUAGACCUAAUAAAACACGACCGUUUUUUAAAUGGCUUCAAAAACGUUUGCAUAAUAAGUCAAAUCUUUAUAUAAAAAUCUUUAUAUAAAAAUCUUUAUAUAGUUUGCAUAACAAUGGUCUUUUGUUAAAGUGUUCUUUAGCUGGUAUAAAGACGUAUGCACGUGACUAAUUUCUUACUCAAGAUUGGAUAAUUGCUUUAUGAAUUAUUAAUGAGUUUUUGAAGUACUAUUUAAAACACGCGUAGGAGUGUCUUAUUAUAUUUAAAAUGCGAGUGCGCAGCACGAGCAUUUUAGGAUAUGAUACAACACGACUAUACUAGUGUUUUGAAUAGCUUCAAACACGACUACAAUAGAUGCCGUCUCAUUAGUACUCUUAAUGUAAAGAAUACUAAUUAGGAUGGUGUUUUAUAUAAAGAAUACUAAUGAAGAUGAGUUUUAUCAGGUAUAAAGCCUCUUCACGUCACAUAUUAUCGUUGACAUGAUUUGCCAAUAAGCUUAUAUAUGAAUUAUUAAUGAGUGUUUGAAUUCAAUGUAAUGAAACAGCAGAUCAAACUUGCAGUCAUGAACGUGAGAAAAUGUUGGGUGUUUUAUUAUAUGUAGUAAUCUUGUAUUUGAAGACAAAGAGAGAUGUGUAGUUUUAUUUACUUCUUUACUUCAACAGUACUGACGUUCACUUUCAUUUGCUGCCCCGUGAACUCAAAUCCACUAGAACACAGGCAGGCUUGCAACUUAGUAUCGGACACUGUCCACCCACAUUUUACCUUCUGUUUGAUCAAAGCAUUUUAUGACAGGACAUGUGACCGACCGGUUUAGAUCAAGUCUCCAAUUUCAAGAAAUUCAUUAACAUAUUUAUAUCAAUGAAACCAAAGCAAUAUAAAACUAUUUCUUACUUCAUUAGGCUGUAAGAUUUAACUACAAAUAUAAAUAUAAAUCCCCUUCAUAUAAUAUGGUAUAAUAGAAAUUAAAGUUACGUAUAACCUGAACCAUAAUUUACUGAUGCACUAGGACUGCUAGAUAUAUGCUCCGUUUCAAGUGAUUUCCCCCUGUCCAUCACUUUUCUAAUGGUCCGCCCCUUAACUACGUAACGAAGUUGUAACAUAUUACUUGUAUAGAAGGGUGAGAAUAUGUUGGAAAUGCACCCCAAUAUUUUGCGAAAUGUCCUCCACUGCGGGCUUACGUACAUUUUCGGAGCUCACGAUGCCUCCCAUCUUUUCAUGAUUUAUGCCGUAUAAACACGAACAUGCUAAAUUUCUUCACGAAAGUCUCCGGGGCCAAAAAUGUCGCAUCUCUUUAGUAAUAAUCAUUUUAAAUGAUUUCUUUAGGACGGCUGGUCGAGAAAAAGAUGAGAGAGACAACAAUGCCACUGCUUAUAUAUCUGUUAGACGUGACGUCGCUAUGGCAAUUACCGGGUACAUUGUACACUUCUUUUACAGUAAUUUCCUCCUACUGACUGAGGUUAAAUAAAGUGUUAUUUCCAUUAGUGUUGCCAUCCAUAGUUACCAACUUUUUAACAAUUUAAUCACUUAUGUACCCUUUUUUAUUGUUCACUCAUCAUUUCAGAGGUUCAACAUUUAAAAAGUUCGUUUUCUGCACGCUUGUGGAAGUGUUGAUAAUAGUGAGCUUAAGCAAGCGACGUCAACACGGACGUCGCCAAAAAAUUGGUAGAACUAAUUUUGGCGCCAUUUUGCAUCAUAAGCUCGUUUAAAGGAAGAAAAAAACUUUAAAAAUCUUUUGUUUUGUCACACAAAAACUGAAAGAAACACAGUUUUUAAUCCAGUUCCCCUCGGCAAUCUGGCGUUUAAAAUCGGUUUGUAUUAUGAAAUUGUUGUUACAGUAUAUAUUACAAAUUAUUAAAUGUAUUACAGAUCAUAUUCGAAGAUAUUUUAAUGUAAAUGCUAAUGCAGCAGAAUUUUUUUAGAUACUUUUAUUAUGGACUAUUUACAUGGAUACUUUUAAACUUUUAAUCUUUUAAUAGAGGUGUAAUAAAUCUUAAUAAUUUGUGAUAUCCCAUUUUAAAUCACGAGAAAGCUACCUUAAGUGCCAUAAUAUCAUUGAUUGUUUCCUUCUUCUUUAGCACGUCAGUUCCGAAGCUGUUGAACUAUCCAGCAACUGCACCUGUUUUAAAUAUUAAAAACAAUAAUGACUUCUCAGCUGUGAACGUUUCUGCGGUUGGACCACGUGUCACAGUUACCUUUGAGGUAGGUCCAUUGCAUACAUCCACUCACUUCGCAAAAUAUUGGGGCGGGGAGUAAUUAUGAAUGCCAACAUAUUGACACGAACGGUCUGUGUGAGUGCAGAGAGAAAGCUGUAGAUUGAGAGAGAUAAACUAGCUGGAAAAUACAAGCAGCACUUCGAUGGUUCGGGCGAAGACACUUCGUCGAGAAUUUAACGAGAACUCUUCGGAGGCUUUCGCUCGAAACGUCGACGUUGUGCUUGCAUUUUUCAAGCAGUUGUAUCCUUAUAAAUCCACAGCUUUCAAAAUGUUAAUACCCCUUUGUUGUUGCACUUUUUUUGCUUUUAGGUGAUUCCUCAGUAGUUGUUUCCGAAAUGAGAAUUUGCGGGCCAGGGCUGAAGUCUGCGAUGCACUUACAGUAUAGGAAAAUCAGAAAAAACUCGAACUCACCGAACUCGUUCAGAAGACAAGCACAAUAUUGAAUUGAAUUUUAUUCAAAAAACUGAUAUUGCAACCCAAAUGGUUAAACUACGUCAGAACCAGUGAACUGGUCAGAACUUAUAUCUGCAGUUAAACCAAAAUUAUUUACAAACAUCCAAACAGACUACAAACUAAGUUUAAGUUACUGUUGUAAAACAUUUGUUAGAAAAAUGAGUUCCUAAACCGUUCAGUCGUGCAAAUAUCCCACUUCUUUCAAAUAUGGCUCCAUCUUGGCCCGAUUACGAGACAUGCGCAGUAAAUGUGCGUAAUGCAAAACUGAGGAAUUACCUUAAAUUUGUCGGAAAUAUGUUCAUAGCUACCAGGGUUUUAUCGUCAUUUCUUUAUUACACAGUUAUAAAACCCCAACUGUCCGCCAUUGCGUAAUUUUCUGAUCUGACAAGUUGGCCUGAGUAUCAGGCCAUAUUUCCCUUCCUUGAAUGCGGGUGGAUGGAAGGGAAAAGGGGCCUGACACAAAUCUUGUCUGGGCGCAUGUAAAAAAGCAAAAAUUCGGCUCUUCCCCACAUUGGUCUAUCAGAUAAAGAAAUUUUAAUGUCUUUUUGAUUGGUUACUGCUAAUUAGAUUAUACUAGUAUUGUUCAUGAUAUAUUUAGUAGUUUUAAUUGAGGUUACAUAGAAACCGUCUUAAUGUAUCGAAAUGUCUUAAAUAUAGAAACAAGUCUUUCGAUAAUACCUUUUACCCUUUGACUUGAUUCCUUUUUCCCUCUUACUCUACAGCUUACAAAUACAGGCGAAAGUGAUCUACAAUCCAUUCAACUUUCUAUCUCUUAUCCUUUAAAAAAAUUCCAAGGAAAAGAACAUGAGUAUAUCGUAUAUCCGAUCAAAAUUGAGGUAAGUUCCUCGUUUG